AUCACGUGCAACUUGUCUGCAUGAUUCAACUUCAAGUUGCAGCAAAUCAUUCAUCGAGCAGUGAACUGAGGCUGCGUUUGCCUUGCGAUCCUUUUCUACUUCAACUAUUGCAGGACAUGGGUGUAGCGGGACUUUGGGAGGUGCUACGACCUGCUGGACAAACACAGUCUUUAACGCAUCUCUCUGUUAUCCAAGGAUUUGAAGCCAAUGCUGGUGGCCGACGAGGCUUUCGCAUAGGCAUUGAUGCCUCGAUUUGGUUCUUCCAUGCCGCGUACGGUAAAGAAGGAGAGAAUCCGGAGCUGCGUACGCUCUUCUUUCGCUGUUCUAGACUCAUGAACAUGCCUCUUCUCCCACUCUUCGUAUUCGAUGGUCCAAAACGGCCUUCGGUCAAGCGCGGGAAGAGGGUGGGCGGCAAUGCGCACUGGCUUACUACUGGAAUGAAAAACAUUAUUGCUGCUUUUGGUUUUGAGUGGAGAACGGCUCCUGGAGAGGCUGAAGCUGAACUUGCAUAUCUGAAUCGCAUGGGAAUCAUUGAUGCUGUACUCUCUGAUGAUGUUGAUAACUUUCUAUUUGGUGCCACAAUGGUCAUCCGCAAUCCCAGCAACACGCUUUCCGGAAAUCGUGCGCACCCGGUGAAGAACGCUGAGGGACGUGAUGAUGGAAACCACGUCGUGACGUAUCGCGCCGCUGAUAUUCUCUCCCACGACGACAUCCGUCUCUCGCAAGGAGGAUGUAUCCUAAUCGGCCUCCUCUCUGGCGGAGAUUACCAUCAGGCUGGCGUUCAAGGUUGCGGCAAGCUCAUUGCUGCUGCCCUCGCACGUUGUGGAUUCGGAGACCGACUGCUUGAAGCUGCCAGCUCCCUCAGCCGUGAAGAGCUAGAGAAAUGGCUUGACACAUGGCGUGAAGAUGUGCGCGAGGAAUUGCGUACGAACAAGAGCGGUCUUAUCGGAUCGAAAAAGCCUGCACUCGCAAAGAAGAUUCCUGAUGAUUUUCCUGAUGUCGAUAUUCUACUGUCCUACACCAAUCCUAUCACGAGCGAGACAGAGGGUAAACCGACGCGAGAAAUCACUUGGGAACAAGAGCCCGACAUUGGUAAAAUCGCUGGACUUUGCGAACUGUACUUCGAAUGGGGUGUGAAGGAUGUGAUUAUCAAGCGUUUUCGCACCGUUUUAUGGUCAAGCGCUGUACAACGUAUCUUGCGGCGUGGCGCGAUGGAAAAGGAUGAGAAGAGGCGUAAGGGUUUACCAAUGAGCCCAAAAAAGAGCAAGACAACAGGCAAGCUCGCGCCCGGAACACCCUCGAAGAUGAUUACAAAGUACUUUUCGUCGAUGAAGCUCAACUCCCCAAGCAAAGACAACCGGAAGGAGGAAGAGUGCAGUGAUACUGAAUCUGAAGCAGAAGAAGAUAGGCUUAUUGUCAAGAUUCACUCUUCGCGACGGCACGCGUCCACGGAUAAAAUUCUUGAGUAUCGACUGGAGAUUGCGCCUGCACAGCUUGUACGACUGGCUGGGGAUGGUGUUCAAGGAAUAAGGCCCCCAAUCGAAGUAGAUGCUACUUUCGAUGAAACUGAAGGGGAUGAUGAGGACGAGGACGGCGGAAAGCAAAAGGGCAAGAGCAAGGGGAAGAAACCUCCACCAGACCCUAAGAGCCACCUUCGUGUAUGGAUGCCAGCAUGUAUGGUGCAGAUUGUGGAGCCAGAACUCGUCGAAGCCUUCGAGGACAUCCAGCGCAGAAAGCUGGAGAAAAAGACCAAGCGAACGAACAAGACGGAUGGGAAGAAGGGUGCUUCCGCUGCGCGGGGAGACAGCGAUGGAGAUGCUCUCCCUAUCCUAGCUCCUGCGAAGAAGAAACCUACCCGUCGGAAGAAAGCGGUGGCGGAACGGCAGGAUAGCGGGCUUGCUCCUCAUCCCCUCCCAAUCUCAGAUUUCAUCAGUGCUUCUGACGAUCCUUGCUUGGAGCCCAAGAAUCCUGUUGGCGCUAAUCCGCCUCGGCAGUCACAAAUUGGUUCUAAGAAACAUACGAAAUCAUCGGACUCAGAUUCCCCACAAUCCCAUAUAACUAAGUCUCCAAGAAAAUCAACGCAGCAAACAUCCCCGCGCUCACCAGGCUUGACCAGGCGCAUGGGUUCAACGUCACUCAUACAGCCGAUGCGCAAAUUUAACGAUAUCAUUGAUAUCUCGGACAUGACGGAGAGGAAAAAGAAGGAUGUUUCCACCGCCGAAGGCGACAGCGAUAGAGAUGCCCUACCUCUUUCAUCUUCUCCGAAGAAGACAACAGUCCGCCGGAAGAAAGCGGUCGUAGAACCCCAGGCCACUGCGCUUGCUCCUCGUCCUUUCCCACUGUCAGGUUUCAUCAUUACUUCUGACGAUCCUUUCGCAGAGCCCACACAUUCUAUUCGCGCUCACACGUCCCAGCAGUCCUCACAAACCGGCUCUAAGAAACAUACCAAGUCAUCUGACUCCGAACCCAUCCCACCCUCCGCAACCAAAUCUCCAAGAAAAUUGCCGCAGCAAACAUCCCCGCGCUCGUCAAGCUUGACCAUGCGCCCGGGUUCACCACCAUCUAUACGACUGAUCCAGAAGUUCGACGAUAUAAUUGAUAUAUCCAGUGAUUCCGAUGUACCAUUACCACCCACGAAACUUUGUGUCAAAGCACCCCUGCUACUUGCCAGAGAGAGAACCAAGAAAGGGGAUGGUUUGUCUCACGUCAAAAGCAAACGCCCUGACCUCGAGCCGAUGUUAAAGGGCAAAUCAACGAGGACGGUUGUGGCGGAGAAUGAUAUCAUUGAUUUGACUUGAUAACUCGACCAUUAUAUUACCCGGUUGGUUUUGGGUUGGUUGAUCGUAAUUUAAGCUUUUGGAUGUACAACAAGUAUGUGUAGGAUCAAUGGGAUCGAUACCCUAGAGUUGUGGGUUUUGAAUUAUCAGGGAU